GUUUUUCACUUAUGGUAAUUUUCCAUUGGAGCAACAUUUGAAACAAAUACAUGAAGAAGCAUUGAUAAAAUUUGAGAGAAUUGAAUCAAAUACUGAGAUCCCGAAACAGAAACUCUGGGAAAAACCUAGAGAACACAGAGUAACGUGUGGUCUAGACUCAUUUGCUGCUGAUCCCUGCAAGCAGACAACUGUCAGUGUCAGCUACUUGUUGACAGAUAUUACAGACACUUUUGAAACGUUCACACUAAGCCUGUUGUCUUCACUCUUGGUUGAUGGGCCGAAUUCUCCUUUUUACAAAGCCUUAAUUGAGUCUGGUAUUGGUACAGAUUUUUCUCCUGAUGUUGGGUUUAAUGGCUCAACAAGAGAAGCUUAUUUCAGUGUGGGCCUGCAGAGUAUUGCUGAAAGAGACAUUGAUACUGUGAAACAGAUAAUUGCUAGAACAAUUGAUGAAGUUAUUGUGAAAGGAUUUGAGGAAGAUAGGAUUGAAGCUCUACUUCACAAAAUUGAAAUCCAGCUGAAGCAUCAGUCUACGAGUUUUGGACUUGCCCUGACAUCUUAUAUAGCCUCCUGCUGGAAUCAAGAUGGGGAUCCAGUGGAGCUUCUGAAGAUUGCAGAUAAAGUGUCUCGGUUUAGGGAGUGCCUUAAAGAAAAUCCCACAUUUCUUCAGGAAAAAGUUAAAAUGUAUUUCAAGGAUAAUCCACAUAGAUUGACUCUGUCAAUGAGUCCAGAGGAAGACUACCGUGAUAAACAAGCAAAAAUGGAAGCAGAAAAGCUGAAAAAAAAGGUCAAUGCUCUUUCUGAAGAAGAAAGAACCCAGAUCUUUGAAAAAGGUUUGGAAUUAAUUGCUCUUCAAAGCAAACCUCAGGACACCUCUUGUCUCCCAGCUCUAAAAGUGUCUGACAUUGAGCCCAAAAUCCCAUUCACCGUGCUGGAAACAACACUUGCAGCUGAUGAAGUUCCUGUCCAGUACUGUGCUCAGCCAACCAACGGGGUGGUUUAUUACAGAGCUGUUUCCAGCUUGAACACGCUUCCUGAGGAGCUCAAGCCAUAUGUGCCACUCUUCUGCAAUGUCAUCACAAAGAUGGGAUGUGGAGCCCUUGAUUACAGGGAACAGGCCCAGAAGAUAGAACUGAAAACAGGUGGGAUGUCUGUCAGCCCACAUAUCAUUCCAGAUGAUUCACACCUGGAUGUGUAUGAACAGGGUGUGCUCUUUUCAUCUCUAUGCUUGGAUAGAAAUCUGCCAGACAUGAUGCAUUUAUGGAGUGAAAUAUUUAACAACCCUCGAUUUGAGGAGGAAGAACAUUUCAGAGUGCUGGUUAAGAAGACUGCCCAGGAGCUGUCAAAUGGGAUUCCAGAUUGUGGGCAUUUGUAUGCUUCUAUCAGAGCCAGCAAAAACCUUACGCCUUCUGGAGAACUGCAAGAAAUGUUCAGUGGGAUGGAUCAGGUGAAGCUGAUGAAGAGAAUAGCAGAAAUGUCUGAUAUUAAGCCAAUACUACGCAAACUGCCACGCAUUAAGAAGUAUUUAUUAAACAGUGACAACAUUAGAUGCUCAGUGAAUGCAGCACCUCAACAGAUAUCAGAAGCAUCUAAAGAAGUAGAGAAAUUUGUAAAGGGCAUAGCUAGAAGUAAAAAAGAGAGAAAACCUGUUCGUCCCCAUGUGAUUGAGAAAUCUUCAGAAGUCAAACCUGUGGGAAGUGAAAUGCUUACUGGGUCACAGAUCACAAGGAAACUAGUUAAUGAUCCUACUUUCAAACCAUGCCAGAUGAAGACUCACUUUGUACUUCCCUUCCCAGUGAAUUACAUUGGGGAGUGCGUUCGAACAGUUCCCUACAUAGCUGCAGACUAUGCAAGCCUUCGAGUUCUUGCACGGUUGAUGACAGCUAAAUUUCUACAUAGAGAAAUCAGAGAGAAAGGAGGGGCUUACAGUGGCGGUGCUAAGCUUGGUCACAAUGGCAUAUUCACUUUCUACUCCUACAGAGACCCAAAUUCUUUAACCACCUUGAAAACCUUUGAAAAAGCAGUCGAAUGGGCCAAAUCUGGAGAAUUCACACAAGAAGACAUCGAUGAAGCUAAGCUGGCAGUGUUUGCUGCUGUAGAUGCACCAAUAGCUCCUUCAGACAAAGGAAUGGAUCAUUUCUUAUAUGGGAUUUCUGAUGAAAUGAAGCAGUUGCACAGGGAACAACUUUUUGCUGUUAACAGUGAUAACCUGGUUGAUGUAUCAAACAAGUAUCUUGCAGCUGGGAAGAGCACUCGUGGUCAAGCUAUACUCGGCCCAGAAAAUGCAGAUAUCGCCAAAGAUCCCUCAUGGGUCAAGCGAUGAAUUGCUGCUGAACAGCUGAACAGCCAAGCUCAUAUGAAACAAGCCAAUCUGUGCGACUACAUAAUUAGCUUUUUUUUUUUAUUUAGUAACUUUUAACAGUGCUAUGGUCCCACUUAAAUG